AUGACAUGUCAACUUCAAAAAGAUGGUAUGUUAGAAGUUGUUUCUUUUCAUGAACAACAUAGUCAUGAGUUUGCUCCUUCACUAAUGAAACAUAUGUUAAGAUCAAAAAGAAAAAUUGCACCUGCUCAAAAAGCUAUUGCAAAUGAUGCAGAGAAGUCUGGAAUAUCAAUAAAACAAACUAUAGAUUUAUUGAGCAUGCAAGUUGGUGGUCAUGAAAAUCUUGGUUUUUUGUAUUAUGACUAUAAAAAUCAUGUACAUCGUGAGAGGAGAAAGGCUUUGAAGAAAGGUGAUGCUCGUGCUAUGAUGGAAUACUUUCAUAAUAUGCAAUUAGAAGAUCCAUCUUACUUUUAUUCAGUACAAGUUGAUGAUGAUGGUCUAAUAUUGAACAUAUUUUGGGUUGAUGCUAGAUCAAUAGUUGAUUAUGGCCACUUUGGAGACGUUUUGUGUUUCGAUACAAUUUAUAGGACAAAUCAAUAUGAUCGACCCUUUGCUUCAUUCAUCGGGGUUAAUUAUCAUAAACAAACAAUCAUCUUUGGGAAGCAGCAAAAAACUAUACUUACAGAUCAGUCUGCUGCAAUGGCUAAGGCAAUAGCAAAUGUAUUUGUUGAAUCGAAUCAUCAUUUAUGUGUAUGGCAUAUUUAUCAAAAUGCUGCUAAGAAACUAAGUCAUGUAUUUCAUUCAUCAAAGCAAUUUACAACUGAUUUAGGCAAUUGUAGGUAUGAUUAUGAAGAUGAAGAUGAAUGGCUAGUUGCAUGGAAUAAUAUGCUUAAGAAAGUCUUGGCUGAUAGGAGACGUCAAGAAUUGCAAGCUGAGUUCAAAAUGAGGCAGACAACACCAGUUUUACAACUUGAUGUAGAGAUAUUGAGACAUGCUGUAAAGUUGUACACCCCAAAAAUGUUCAAAAUGUUUCAAGAUGAAUAUAUGAAGAUGAGGGAUUGUACAAUUUUCAAGUCAUUUGGUUGGCAAGACUAUGUUGUUGGACAAAUUGUUGAGACAAAUCAGGUUUCAGUAGCUCCUGAUGAUAAUUUAUAA